GCAGCAUUCACUGGCCAUGCCAGUACUUACCACUGAUGCUGAGUCAGAAACAGGUAUCCCAAAAUCCCUUUCCAAUGAGCCUCCCUCAGAAACCAUGGAGGAAAUCGAGCACACAUGCCCACAGCCUCGACUGACCCUGACUGCACCUGCCCCAUUUGCAGAUGAAACCAGCUGCCAGUGCCAAGCACCCCAUGAGAAACUGACCAUUGCUCAGGCCCGCUUAGGAACACCAGUUGACAGACCUGUCAGAGUAUACGCAGAUGGAAUAUUUGACCUCUUCCACUCAGGUCAUGCAAGGGCACUUAUGCAAGCAAAAACACUGUUUCCCAACAGCUACUUGUUGGUAGGAGUUUGCAGUGAUGACCUCACCCACAAAUUCAAAGGUUUCACCGUGAUGAAUGAAGCAGAGAGAUACGAAGCGCUGAGACACUGUCGCUAUGUGGAUGAAGUCAUCAGAGAUGCUCCGUGGACACUCACGCCAGAGUUUCUGGAAAAACACAAGAUUGACUUUGUGGCCCACGAUGACAUUCCGUACUCCUCUGCUGGCUCUGAUGAUGUUUACAAGCAUAUAAAGGAAGCAGGAAUGUUUGUUCCAACGCAGAGAACGGAAGGCAUCUCAACAUCAGACAUCAUCACCAGGAUUGUCCGUGACUAUGAUGUUUAUGCCCGACGCAAUCUCCAGAGAGGGUACACAGCCAAGGAACUGAAUGUCAGCUUUAUAAAUGAGAAGAAGUACCGCUUCCAAAACCAGGUAGACAAGAUGAAGGAAAAGGUCAAAAACGUGGAGGAAAAAUCAAAGGAAUUUGUAAACAGAGUGGAAGAAAAGAGUCAUGAUCUAAUUCAAAAGUGGGAAGAGAAAUCGAGGGAAUUCAUUGGCAACUUCCUAGAACUGUUUGGGCCUGAUGGAGCAUGGAAGCAGAUGUUCCAGGAGAGGAGUAGCCGGAUGCUGCAGGCCUUGUCCCCGAAGCAGAGCCCUGUGAGCAGCCCCACCAGGAGCCGGUCCCCUUCACGCUCCCCGUCGCCCACCUUCUCGUGGCUCCCGAACAAAACCUCACCCCCCUCCUCACCCAAAGCCGCCUCAGCCUCCAUCAGCAGCAUGAGUGAGGGGGAUGAAGAUGAGAAGUAA